AUGGGAAGGAAGCGAAUCCAGCCGCCUCCUCUGUACCCCCACCGCUGGUGCGACACCGGCGUGAAACUGGAGUCCCGUGCUGGGGACACGGUGCGAUACUGGGGACACUGGAGCGGCACUGGGCCCUCCGCCAGCCCCAAGGGCUUCCCCAAGCUGAAGAAUGACACGUUCCUGCGAGCGGCCCGUGGCGAGGAGACCGAGUACACGCCGGUGUGGUGCAUGCGGCAGGCAGGGCGCUACCUGCCCGGUGAGCAGCCAGCGGGCGCAGGCGGGCGGCGGGGAGGGGCCGCGGCGCAGUUUCGGGAGACACGGGCUGCGCAGGAUUUCUUUGCCACUUGCCGGAGCCCCAAGGUGUGCUGUGAGCUGACGCUGCAGCCACUCAGACGAUUCCCCCUGGAUGCUGCUAUUAUCUUCUCCGACAUCCUGGUGGUGCCCCAGGCACUAGGCAUGGAUGUUGUCAUGACACCCGGCAAAGGACCCACCUUCCCAGAGCCCCUGAAGGAGGUGGAGGAUCUGCUGAAACUGCGGCAGAAGGUGGAUGUGACUGCGGAGCUUGGUUACGUCUUCCAGGCCAUCACACUGACACGGCACAGCCUGGAGGGCAAGGUGCCCCUCAUCGGCUUCUCUGGGGCACCUUGGACGCUCAUGUCCUACAUGAUUGAAGGUGGUGGCUCCACUACGAUGGCCAAGGCCAAGAGCUGGCUCUAUCGCCACCCCGACGCGAGCCACCGACUGCUGCGGCUGCUCACGAACAUCAUCAUUGACUACCUGGUGGGGCAGGUGGCUGCCGGAGCGCAGGCGCUGCAACUCUUCGAGUCCCACGCGGGGCACCUGGGCCCAGAGCAGUUCCAGGACUUUGCCCUGCCCUACAUCCGAGACAUCGCCCGGGGCGUGAAGAGCAAGUUGAAGUCUGAGGCACUACCCCUAGUGCCCAUGAUUGUCUUUGCGAAGGACGCGCACUACGCGCUGGCAGAUCUGGCCUGUGCCGGCUACGAGGUGGUUGGUCUGGACUGGACUAUCCGGCCACAGGACGCUCGUGCACAGAUAGGCAAGAACAUCACCCUGCAGGGGAACUUGGACCCCUGUGCCCUCUAUGCGCCCAAGGAGAAGAUUGGGGAGCUGGUGAAGAAGAUGCUGGAGGGUUUCGGGACUCAACGCUACAUUGCCAACCUGGGCCAUGGCCUUUACCCUGACAUGAGCCCGGAGCACGUGGGUGCCUUCGUGGAGGCCGUGCACGCACACUCCCGCCACAUGAACAAGCACAGCUGAGCCCCAGGGCGCAGGGACAGGACUGUGGCUGGAGC